AUGGCAGCUGGUGGAUUUGCUUUUCAAAACUACAACGAAUCAUCAUCCUAUCAAAGAAGAAUUCUACUGAAGGCAACUGAUGCCCUUUAUGACAGCUUGAACUACGUAAAAGAAUCUGAAAAUGGCACUAUUGUUAUAGCGGAUUAUGGCUCAUCUGAAGUUUACAAUUCUAUGGUGUUUUUAAGUAGCAUUUUACAUAAAUUCAGAGAAACAUCCCAACAGCCAGUAUAUGUCGUCCACAAUGAUUUGCCUGACAACAACUGAAUGAAAGCCUUUAGAACUAUUGUGGACUCUAACGAAUCGUAUAGAAAAGUCCCAAAUACGUUCUUUUCAGCAAUUGGAUUGUCUUUUUACGAACAAAUUCUUCCAGAAGAGACAGUUCAUGUUGGGUUUUCGUCAUCAGCAAUCCACUGGCUAUCAGAGCCAUUAAGCGCUCCAGAUCAUAUUAUUCCUUCAGCUUCUGAGGACUCUGAAUUCCUUGCCUUAGCUUCUGAGCAAGCCCACAAAGACUUGGUCUCCAUCUUAAAGCUAAGAUAUAAAGAGCUCGUCCCUUCAGGUCGGCUACUACUACAAUUUGCUGAUAGAACCCGCGAAAGCAUAAUUAGCAACAUUUGGCAAGAAGCCAGUGAAAACCUUUUUUCUAAAGGAAUUAUCAAUGAAGAAGAAAAAAGGGAUUUAACAAUUCCUAUGUACAGACGAAGCCCCGAAGAAAUAUAG